AUGGAGGCAGCAGAACAGUUGUGGCUCUUAUUUGUUUUUUCUUUUAUAAUGGAUACAGUUGGUCAGAGCUGUACUGAGUUUUCAAGUCCUAUGUUGAUAGAUACUUCUAGCACAAAAGUAGGCACCAUUAAGAUGCCAGAUACUGGUGGGAGGAAAUACCAAAGUAACCAGGUGUGCCAGUGGAUAAUAGAGACAGAAGUCGGCUAUUGCAUCCAGCUGGAUGUGACCAAGUGCACACUUGAGGGCAGAGACAUUUAUGGGGAUUGUAACAACGACUAUGUGGAUGUGUUUGAUUCCACAGAUGACAGAGAUAUUUUCAUUGGUCGAUUUUGUGAUAGAGAUCAAGGGAAGUCAUUCAAAACUGCCAGCUCUAAAAUGAUAGUGCGUUUUGUAUCUAACCAGAACUUUGAAUAUUCUGGUUUUGAGGCUUCAUAUCAAUCUGUAGUCCCUGAAGAUUCUGAUAAUGAAAAUGGUGAAACAAAGAUGUUGGGAAUGGCAAUCGGAAUUUCUGUUGGGGUGUUUGCACUUUUAAUGGCAGCUCUAACUAUUGUGUUGAUCGUUCGCUACAGAAGGAAGAAAGCUGCCACAAGAAAUAACACUCAGCCGGCAGAUGCUAAUCAAAAUAAUUAUCACCCUGACAUGGGUCUGCCUGGAGGGAACCUAUCGUCAGAUCCAUCUCACUGUGCCGACAGAUAUGGCAUCUAUGUUCACUUACAUGUUGAUGGAUCCAGCGAAGUGGACCCUCAUUCCAGAAAUGUACUCUCGCAGUCUGUGAUUCCGAGUAACUUUCAUGACGAUCCUCGAAAUUUUAGAAGUGUGACGCCCCCUCCAGCAUAUGACAGUUUGGACUAUGUUAAUGCUGGAUACAAUCGCAUGUCCUUGUCGCCCCCUCCUUAUGAAGCAGUUGUAAAAUAUUGUAAAGAAUCUUCCAGUGCAUAA